AUGAGCCUGCGCUUCGACGGACAAGUGGCGAUCGUGACCGGCGCCGGCGGUGGCCUCGGCCGCGCCUACGCCCUUCUCCUCGCCGCCCGCGGCGCCAAAGUCGUCGUAAAUGACGUGGGGCGCGCCGCUGCUGGCAGCACGGACCGCCCGUCCGACUUGGUCGUCAAGGAGAUUCAAGCCAAGGGCGGCGUCGCGGCAGCCAACUACGACUCGGUCACGGACGGGGCCAAGGUCGUGGCCACGGCCAUCGACACGUUUGGUCGCAUCGAUAUCAUUGUCAACAACGCGGGUAUCCUCCGCGACGUGGUCUUCCACAAGAUGAAGCAGAGCGAUUGGGACCUCGUCAAGGCCGUCCACCUCGAGGGCACGUACGCCGUGACGCGUGCGGCGUGGCCAUACAUGCGCGAUCAAAAGUAUGGUCGCAUCGUCAACAUCACGUCCGUGAACGGCUUGUACGGCCAAGUCGGGCAGACCAACUACUCGGCGGCCAAGAUGGGGAUUGUCGGUCUCAGCAAGUCGCUCGCCAAGGAAGGUGCGCGCAACAACAUCAAGGUCAACAUCGUCGCGCCGGGCGCGGGGUCGAGCAUGACGGCCACGAUUCUUCCGGACGAGGUGGUCAAGAAGUGGAAGCCCGAGUACGUGGCGCCGACGGUCGCGUUCCUCUGCCACGAGUCGGCGCCGGUGACGGGCCAGAUCUUUGAGAGCGGCGGCGGCUGGACCGCGCAGGUCAAGUACGUGCGCAGUGAAGGCCACUUCUUCAACAUUGACGGCGACAUCGAGAUCGAAGACGUGGCCGCGCAGUGGAGCCACAUUACCGACUUUGCCAAGGCCACCGACCCGGAAGCCGACGGCGACAUGACGCCGCAGCUCAAGCAGAUCAUGGCCAAGAUCUAAAUGACGCCGUCAAGACGUUAUAAGAUUCCUGAUCUUACCUACGUG